AUGGACUCUUCGGACCCAGUUGAGGGACCCUCCGGAAAGUCUCUGUUCAUACCCCAGCCCUUGUUCCUGAGGGUGCUCCAGGGCGGCGGUGCCUGCAGGGACACGUUUACCUACGACCAGGUUUUAUUCUAUCUUGGCGAAUAUAUCAAGGCAAAGGGAUUAUUUGAUAAAAUACAGCCACAUAUUGUCUGUUGCUCUAAUGACCUUCUUGGAGAUGUGUUUGGAGCUUCCAGCUUCUCCAUGAGCGAGCACAGGAAAUUGUGUGCAAUGAUCUCUAGAAACUUGAUAGAAGUUGAUCUGUCAGAAUCCACUAGUCCAUUUGGGUCAAGGGAAGAGACCAGAAAUCUGUACGAAUUGGAGAGUGAACACCAGGAAUUGGUACAAGAACUAUGGGAAGAGUAUCCAUCCCCUAGUGUGGGCACUACACCACCUAACUCUGAGAGAUCAUCAAGUGAAUCAGAAGACGGUAUGGAUGAAUUGCCUUGUACACAGCCUAGAAGCCAGGCAAUGUCAGAGAGCAGCCUUCCUCUCUCAUCUGAUGGAUGUGGUGUGCUUGGUGGCACAGGCCCUGGGCAGAACAGUCCGGGUCCCUCCGGGUCCAUCACUUCAACUUCGGAGCCAGUGCAGGAACCAGGGGAAGAGCAUCCACCCCCCAUUGUGGACACUGGACUGGCUACUUCUGGAAGACCAUGUGAAGCAGAGGAUAGUUCGGAUGAAUCGCCUUGCGGACAGCUGAGAAAACGGAAGAAAUCCGACAGCAGCGUUUCUCUCCUGUUUGAUGACUGCGACAUAUGCAGUGUCCUGUGCCCUGGACAGGAGAAUGACUUGGAGGCUUUCUCUUCAAGUCCGGAAUCCGUGCAAGAAGACUGGGAAGAGCAUCUGUUCCCCAGUGUAGACAUUAUACCAUCUGCCUCCUCUGGAAGACCACCAAGUGAAACAGAAGCUAGUGUGGAGGAGAUGCCUUGUGGAAAAGCAGGAAACCCUGAGGAAGCCAAAAGCAGUAUCACCUACCCGAGUGGCAGAUACUCUGUGCACAGCUUAAGCCCUAUUUCAGAGGCCUACCCGUCAAGUCAGGAGCCAGUGCAGGAACCAGGGGAAGAGCAUCCACACCCCCCAUUGUGGACACUGGACUGGCUACUUCUGGAAGACCAUGUGAAGCAGAAAACAAUGUGGAUGAGCCGCGUCCAUAGGGAGACUGCUGACUCUGCUUCAGACCGCUUCAGUGUGGAAUAUGACGUGGAUUCCUUGGAUUCUGAGGACUUCGCCAUUAAUCCGCAACAGGAGGAGCUGACCUUGGAGGGCGCGUGUGCGGAGGGGGACCCUGCCCAGCCGCAGCAGCUCAGCAGCAGUGGGAUCGACUGGGAGCCCGGUCCUUCCCACGCUCAGACAGGUGGAAGACCGGCUCAGGGGAGCAACCCCCAAGAGCCCCCUGAGCAGGCCGUGCUGGCACCCUGCUCCCAGGGCGCCUCCGGGGACUCUCCUCCCGCCCCGUUCCAGGUAGGCACCAGGCACAGUAUGAAUUUCCAGGAGCCUUGCAUCCUCUGUCUGAGCGAACCCAAGGAUUGCUGCAUGGUGCACGGUGUCACCGGCCACGUGGUAACCUGCUUCAUGUGCGCCUCCAAGCUGCGGCAACGCCGUAAGCCCUGCCCCGUGUGCCGAUUGCCCAUCGACCAUAUCAUUUUCAUCUACUUGCUCUAG